GAUUGCGUGACUCGUGUGAAUUUUCGUUGGUGUGCCAAUCAGAAAGUGUUUGAAACUUCUCGCACGGCGGGACGCCGGCCUUCGAUCAGCCGACUGGAUUUUCGAUCGCCACUUCGGAUCAUCUCAAUCGCACCGAAACGGUUUUACUGCGACGAACGAGGAGCGCGUCAGGUACUCGCGUCCGGCACUCCGCAUAUAGAACAUCCGCUCUGGUGGUGGCGUGCGAGAAGAUGCGCUUUUAUGCGCUGCCUAUGCGUUCCAGGGACUAUCAAUCAGAGAAUAGAAUUUCUUCUUCUGAGUAAACGAAGAACGGAGAGCAGAAGCAUGGCGACCGCCGGUCUUGAGGUGCGCGAGGCUGGGCGAGCGUUGCGUGUGCAAACGGAAGCGCCGCAUCUCGUUUCCACGGGAAGCGGACGUUUGUCAACGGCGGUGACCCUACAUCCUUUGCCCGAAGGUAAGUUAACCCUUGGAUCAAGUCGAGAUGCGGAUAUUUCUGUCGUUGGUACUGGCGUCGAGUCCAUUCAUUGCACGAUUGAAAACAAUAACGGCGUGGUCACUCUUCACCCCAUAAAUGGAAGCACGGCAGUCGAUGGUGUACCGAUAAAUUCGCCUGUGAGACUCGCUCAAGGUUGCAUGCUGUCCAUCGGUAGAUCCAACUAUAUGCGUUUUAACCAUCCAGCCGAGGCGAAACAAUUACGAUCGGUACUACCGCACUCGAGAAUCUCCAUGGCGCCAAUAAGCUUCUCUCUACCGGACGGCCAACUUCAAGAGAACUACCAUUUGGAAAGGAAACCACCGGUUGCACCGCGAAAAUCCCCGAGAAAUUCUUGCUCGGACGAGGAGAUGGGUUUCCUGGGGAAACUAACGAAAUUCGAGAUGCUGUCGAAGCAGAACAGGAACAAUUGUGUCUCGCCAAAAGUCUUUCCAGCGGGCGCCAUUACCACCAACGUGCCUGCCGAUCAAAUUCUCGGCCAUUCGAGAUCCUCCAGUCUAAUCUCGUUGAAGAAUAACAGCAACAACAAUUCACCUUUGCAAAAUUUAACGAAUUUAGAAAGAAGUUGUUCGAAUACAUCAUCCUUCAAUUCGUCCUCCCCCGGCCAUUUGCUCAACACAUCCUCUCCAGGCAGCUGUUUCGUAUCUUCCUCCCCCAACUAUUGCAGCGACGAGAAUCGUCAAAGAACGGAGAUCAGGCCGGCCAGUAGAUCCAGCACACCCAACCAUCAAUAUCAGAACAUUUCAUCCCCCAAUCACAAUCAGAUUCAAAUGUACUCGACGGCAGAAUCGUAUCUGAAAACCUACAAGCCAUACUAUCGAGACAACAACAACGAGAACAACAAUCAGAAUCAAACGACGUCGAAGAACAAUGUCAAUCAAGCGGAGUUAAUGUCACGAAGCUUCACCUGUCAACGAUCGACAGAUCUUGACGAUUUGAGAGAUUUCGACAUGAGUCAAAGCCUGAUCGUCACUAAAACCACCACGACCGAGUAUCUCCAGUUAGAAAAGUUCGGCUCGAAUCCUAACAUCUGCAACAGCCCUAGCAACGGGAAUUUCUGCGGUGCGAACUUGAGGAGCGUAGGCGGGGCGCAAGGGUUUGGAUCGAAUCCGAAUAUCAAGAGGAUACAACCGCCUAGCCCUGCGUUCAAUCGAAAUCCGAAGUACAACGAGCCCAAGAGAGGUUUCGGCCGGGUGAAGAGCCCGACCCCUAGCACCGGAAGCGGUUGCUCGCUGGAGGAGCUGAGGGAGAGACAGAUCGACGCGGAGAAUAAGCGACGAGAGGCGGAGAACAAGAGGAAACAGGCGCAAGAGGAGAGGCUACGGGAACAGGAGGUCGAGAGGCAAGAGAAAAUGAGACUCGAGGAGAUCCUCGCCAUGUGUGCCGAGUACGAGAGGCAGAGCACCGUGGAGAAACCAAGGCAACCCAACAGAAUCAAAACGAAUGGCUCGCUACCACGAGACAAACGCCUCGGCUAUAAUUCACCCUUCGACAGCCCGAAGAGCCCAUCAAAAAACCAACCCCAUUUCUCCUUCGACACGGCGAAACAAUCAAACUCGGCUUCGUACGAGAACGUGAACGUACAAAAUUCGAAAAUGCUGUUCCAAAAUGGCAACUCGCCGAACAAUCGUCGAAACCAGACGACGAAUCAUCCGGACAAUCAAACGCAAGAUCAUCUACAAUCAAUCACGUCUAACAACAAUAACAAUAAUCAGUCGACGAUGUGGCCAAACGUUGUUGGCAACGGGGAUCAUACUUUUUCCGGUUCGAUCUCGCAAGCUCGUAGCUCAGGCUAUGAGAAUACAACCAUCGAUGGAUCGAUGUUGAACAAUAACGAUGUAGGUUAUGGAAAGAUCAUCGAUCCAACGAAGGACACUUAUGGAACGAUCCAAUUGAACGGGACCAGGAUCAAUGGGCAACAGAACAAGCAUUCGCGAAAUUAUGGUAACUCGAUGAAUGGGAACGUAAGCUUAUACGAGAAUGUAGUGAUUAAUUCCGUGCAGAACAACAAUCAAAACAAUCAUUCCAUGCCAAAGAAGAAUGGCCAGUUGUCGAACUCGUGCGAGAUGAUCGAGAACAAGCUGGCGAUAUCGAACGACGAUCUUUUGGAAGCUAUCGAGCAGCUUUCCAUGCUUUCCAAGUCCAAAGAAAUUUGCACGAUCCCUAAAAAGAAUAAUUCGGAGAAGGACAACGCGAAAUCGAACGAAGCUAAGGCUGAGAAAGAGAGGAAGGAGCUCGAGGAGGAGGAUAGGAAAAAGUACAUAGAGUUUCUUCAGAAUGAAAAAUUGCAUAUUCUUGGUAAUAUGGAUAUAUUGAAGAGGAGUGUCGCGGAUAUUGAGAUCCAAGAGGAGGAGAUUAGUAGGGAGCUCGAAUUAGAAAAGGCACUGCUCUCUGCAGAGUACGAGUCAGAAUCGUUGAAACUGAGUCAGGACGAAGGCGAAAAGAUAAAAGUACAGAUGCGGAUAAACGAGCUCGAGAGACAGAUGGCCGAGGAUAACACCAGCCAGGCGAAUUUGCAAGCAGAGGCGAAGCAGAGAGUGCAAAGGGCUCAGCAGGGUUGCAGCCGCUUGGAGGAGGAGUUGGCGAAUUGCACGGACGAAACCGUGCAACAGGAUAUCAGUGAGAAGCUUAUGGCUCAACAAGAUGUCCUCGAAUCAGAGAGGAAGGCAUUUGAGGAUUUGGAGUUCCAUCAUUUGGAAGAAGAAGCGAGCAAACUGGCUACUAGGGAAGAAUUACAGAGUGGUGCAAAUAUCUGUUCCAGAUACUUGAGCGAAUUAACGGCCAAGAUAGAGACCAGGAAGGCUCGAUUGAACCACUUGGAAGCGCAGAGAUCUGAAGCGAAAAGCACGGCAACUAAAGAAGCUAGAAGUCUCGAAAGACAGAAGCUAACGCAUUUGAAACGGUUGGAAGAAGGUCGAAACCGAGUUAGAGCGAUUAACGAUGAACUGACAAAGUUGGCGCAAAAUUCUUGUGAGAAUAGCGAUGAGAAACGAUCUCCGAGCAGGGAAGAUUUCGACAGGAUCUCCAGGGUCACCACUGACUCUCCCAUUGUAAAUAAUCAGGGCAGCUUGGGAAGGAAGACUAUCGAAUCCCUCAAGGAAAUUGAGAGAAAUCGACAGCUUCACUUAGCAAAACAAGGCAGCCAAGUAAUUUCGGAAGAAAGACGAAGAGUAGAAGAAUUGAAACGAAGAGUGCAAGACGAAGUUCGGUCGCAAUGGGAAGAAAGAAAGAUGAAUUGUACUUCUUUCAACAGUGUUGAAUCAGGCGAAGAAUCCUCCAGUUAUUCAACAGGGCCAACAGAAAGUGGCAGCGGAAGCAGCGACAGUGCAGAAGGUGGAACCAGCGAGAAAUUAUCUCCUAGCAAACUUUCGGAGCUCACGUCACCCAGUCCAGGACCUUCGAAUAAUUCCUACAGCCUGCUCCAAAAUGAUAACAUGAGAGACGAUCGAAGGACAUCAAUGGAAGGCGAGAGACUUAGCAAUAACAGUGGGGGAAUCAUCGACGGAAACGGAAGUCGCCCUCUUUCUCAAACUUCUAGUGAACUAGAUACUCUUGGACCACUGCUGCAACCAGUCAAACAUCGUGAAAAGGCAAAACUGCAGAGGCCGCUCACAAGAUACCUUCCCAUCAAGUCGGAGUCCCUGGACCUGAGACAUCAUAUCGAGACUGCCGGGCACCAGUUACCCCUGAUACACGAUGUUACGGUUGAUACGACCAGUUGCAGUGGUUACCUGUCGAAAAUGAGCAAAAAAUUUCAUCAUUGGAACAAACGAUGGUUUGUCUUUGAUCGAAAAAGAAAGACACUGUCCUAUUACAGCGAUAGCACGUCAAGAAAGGCACGCGGAGUGAUCUACUUUCAGUCGAUUGAAGAAGUUUAUGUGGAUCAUAUGAACACCGUACGCUCACCGCAGCCAUCACUGACUUUCAUCAUCAAAACGUCAACUAGACUAUAUCAUUUAAUGGCGCCAAGUCCUGAGGCUAUGAGAGUUUGGGUGGACGUCGUCUUCACCGGUGCCGAGGGAUAUCACGAAUUUGAUCAUGGUAUCUGAUAAGCUGUUCGUUUCUCAUUGAGAUUCGUUUUACUCUCGGGAAUCGCAUGAUGAAGUGAUUCUUUAUCUGUAACCUGUAGGUUCAGAAAACGCUUCGUGACUUUUAAAGACAAAAUUUGUUACGAAGGGAACCACGACUGCCUAUACUUUCGAGCUGGAUUUGACUUGUAUAUUAAAUACAUAAAAAUCUUUCGAAUCUUAUAAAGGAAAUUAAUAAUUACAUUGGUGCUAGAUUGCUCAUUUUGAGCAGCUGAAAAAAAAUGAAUAUUGAAAACAAUAGUUAAAUAGACGAUAAUAGUGAGCUUUUUAAAAUAACUUAAAAUUUGAUGUCUUAAAAUUAAUGAUGAUAAUUAUUAUAAAAAAGAAUGAAUUGAUAAAUAAUUUAUAUAUUCAACAAUGAAAUUUAAUUAAUAAUGAUUUAUAUAAACUCAUUAAAAAAUCGGUAUUAAUGAUUAAUGAAUUACAUCAUAAUGAGACAUUAAUCAUUGAAGUGUAGGCUAAUCACAACUUGAUUUUAUUUAAAUGAAAUAAAUAAAUUUGAUAGAAUUUAUUGUUAAAUUUUGUAGAUCUAAUCUAGUCUUCCAGCAUAGAUACUUCAAGAAUAAUGAAUUAGUGAUCUAACAUUUGAAAAAGAAAGUUUUCAACAAUAGUUCAACAUAUAUUCUGAUAUAAAUCAAAAAAAUAAAAUCCCUAAGAAAUUGUAAAUAUAUGUCCCAUUUUAUAUUUACUUUGACAUUUUCAAUAAAUAUCUUGAUAUUGCUUAAUACCAAGGAUUAUAUGAAAUACAAAA